AUGAUUUUCCCAGGUGAGCAUGAAAAGCACGAAAGUAUUUGGAUGGCUUUAGGUCCAACAAGUAGUGAAAAUAAUUAUGAAUAUACUUUCAAGAAAUGUGAAGAGGACCCUCUCCGAUACAGUCCUUUUCAUCAAGUUCAACUGCCAAUGAUUGAAGCUCUUCUCUCUGGAAAUAAUCCAGUCCAUCUCGAAAACAAUGACAUCAAGCAUGAAAAAUUUUACAUUGACUUGAUCAUUCAUCAAGAUCAAGAUAAGGACUAUGUGAAAAAUUGUCUCAGAAAAAGAAACAACAUUCACUCGACCUUAAUUGAAGAACACAUACGAUUUCAUGUCAUUGAACAUUUGGACAUGUGGAUGAGAGACAAUGGACCAAUUUUUGUCGUCAAUAGAGAACAAGGAACUCGAGCCAUUGUUGAUUUUGGAUUUACCUUAUGGUCGUAUUGCAAACAACAGGACGAAGAGGCCAUCAUUGAGGAAGCUGUCGAUCGUAAAGUUGCUCAUUUACUCAAUAUCCCUGUCAUUCGUUCUCAUCUCAUCAGUGAAGGUGGAAAUCGAGAAUUCAAUGGACGUGGAAUUCUCAUGAUGGUCGAACAUGUCGAAAUGCAACGAAACAAAUGCAAUCAAAUCACACACCGUACUCAAAUCGAACAAGAAAUGAAGAGAGUAUUUGGAGAGAAUUCGGCACGACACAUCAUUUGGCUCGAAACUGAAGGUCUCGUUGAAGAUGCCCAUGCCUAUCGAGGUCUCAUUCCCAACACGGAUGUGUUGUGUUCCAUGGGAACAGGUGGACACAUUGAUGAGUGGUGUCGAUUUGCCAAUGAAUCGACCAUUCUAUUGGCUCAAGUUCCAGAUUCGUUGCAAGAUUCCAUUUCAGUAGAGAAUCGAAAGAGAUUGGAACAAAAUUAUGAAUUAUUAUUGAAAAAGUGUGAAGUUGAAUUGAAAGAGGAACAAGUAUUGAAAAUUUUACGAGUUCCUACAGCGCCUCAUAUCAUUCAUCAUAUUUCUGAAGGUGAUGGAGUCUAUGAAACUCUCAAAUUACUCGAAUUUGAAGAUGGUUUUGAUUUGGAAAAGCAUGCAAACAAUUCUCUCAAAUUUAUUAUUGCAUCGAGUUAUUUGAAUUUUCUCGUGAGUAAUCGAGUUGUGUUAAUUUCCAAGUAUUAUCGUGAGGGUCUUCCAGAGAGUGUUCGACAAUUGGAUGAACAAGUGUUGCAAAUAUUUAAGGAGGUGUAUCCUGAUCGAACGGUGGUACAAAUUGCAACUGAGGUGUUGAAUAUGGGUGGAGGAGGAAUGCAUUGUAUCACUCAACAAAUGCCAGCUCUCUAA